ACACACUAUAAAAAACACCUACCAGAAAGAAAAUCCGAAUCAACCAUGGCCGCCAAUCUAUCUUCGUCGUUGAAGAAAUAGAUUGGUAGAGAGAGAGACUGAUUUUCUAUUUUUUCUUUGAUGAAGAAGAAGGUUGGUGAAUUGAGGAGAGAAGGGAAAGCCAAGGGUGCUUCUUCUCCUUCUUCACCUUCAUUUGCCACCUUCUUCUUCUUCUUCUGUACUUCUUUUGAUUAGUUGAGGAGAUCGUAAAAGGGUUUGUUGGGUGAAUAUUGAGUCCCAACUACCCUAGAUCUGUUCUCAAAAAGAAAACUAAAUUUUCUGUUAGGAUAUUGGUGGAAAUUUUUUUGGGGGAUUUGGGUCUCUGCAUCUAGACUUAUCCUGUAAUUUUCUUUUGUUUUUUUUGUCACUAGAAUUUCCAGGUGUUAGAGACCCAUAUCAGAUCCAAGUUCCCACCAUUUUCUUUUUUCUUUUUCAUCAUCAUCAUCAUCAUCAUCAUCGUCUCCAUCUCCAACCAACAACACGCCAUUACCUUCUUCCUCUCUCUAUAUACCUUUACUAUAUCCACCUUUACCCUCUAGUUGAAUGACACUUGUUCAGGUGUCUGUACUUUUGGGUUCUCUUUGCUUUCAACUCCAUUUAUUUUUUAUUUAAUGCCAAAAAAAAUUCCUUCUUUUUGAUUCCAAUAAAUUUUGAUUGGACAUUGAAGAUUACUCAUUAGUCAUAUUCUCCAUUUUUAUUCUGCUGUAGACUUUUCAACCAGAAGGCCCACUUCUGGGUUUUGGUGGGCUUCUGUUAACCAAUAAAAACCCAAUUUUUUUGUCUUAUUAUUAUUUUUUCCUCUUUAAAAAUCUAUCUGUUAAUGAUCCCACUUGAUUUUAUAUUAUUUUUGCAAAGGUGUAGACGAGGGGAGGAAGGUAAAGGAGAAGACCAGAGUCCUCAAGGUUUAUUUUACCAGUUAUUUUUACUAUAGAAUUCCUCCAUUUAUCUUUCUUUUUGGGGUUAAGAUCCCAAAAAAAUCACUACCCAUACCAGAUUUUCCUGCUAUAAAUACUACUUUAUUUCUUCAUCAUUUGUUUCUCCUUAAGUCAUCUUCUCCAACUCAAUAAUCCUUUGAGCCUUCUCCAAAAACGGUACCGUAAGGCAGUCGAGCUCCUCUCUUUUUCUUCUUGAAGUUAAUAGUUGUCUCCUUCCAUUCCCUGGUUGGAUUGGUAAAGAGGAAAUUUUCCUUGACGAUGACAGUCAAGAAGAGAGUUUUUGAUGAGGGUGAUAAUGUCGAGGAGGAAGUUGCAGAAGAGAUGUCCAUAUUGGACUUGCCGGACUUGGCCUUGGAAUGCAUUCUCGAGCGGCUGCCGCCGGCGGGACUUUGCAGCAUGGCCGGCGUGUGCAGCUCGCUGAGAGAGAGAUGCGUGAGUGAUCAUAUGUGGAAGAAACACAUGGACCAGAAAUGGGGGAGGAUUAUUGGUCCUGCUGCUUGCAGAGAGUGGCAAUUGCGUAUUGCUUCUGUGAAGGAUUCUAGCAAUCUCAGACAAGUCAAGAACAACGGUUGGACCAGGCUUCUCUCAAUUGUCAGACCCCUUUCAUGGAUUAGAUCAAAGUUUGAUGACAGCAGUAAGCAGAAGAGUUAUUUGCCUGUUGAUUCUCUCAUGUCCUGGUACCUUGCUCUUGAGACUGGUAGCUUCUGGUUUCCUGCUCAAGUUUAUAAUCGUGAGAAUGGCCAUAUUGGGUUUUUGUUGUCAUGCUAUGAUGCUGAGCUGAGUUAUGAUGCCCGGACUGACACCUUCCAGGCCAGGUAUCCACCACAUGGAAGGAGAGCAGUUGCUAUUGAAGCUGGAGUGGGGUGGGAAAGGCUAAGAGCACCUCCUAUUGAUACUCCUCCACAUGAUCUCCAUAUCUCUGAUUGUUUGAAUGAAUUACAACCUGGUGAUCACAUUGAAAUUCAAUGGAGAAGAAACAAAGAAUUCCCUUAUGGUUGGUGGUAUGGCGUUGUAGGUCACUUGGAAUCAUGUGAUGGGAAUGAAAAUCACUGCCUUUGCCAUCAUAGUGAUACAGUGGUGUUGGAAUUCAAUCAGUAUACAGCCGGUUCAAGAUGGAGACGGACCAGCAUUGACCGGAAAGAUCAUAGAGAGGAAGGAAACGAGGCAGACGGGUUUUACGGGGGAGUCAGGAAGCUCAACAGUGAC